AUGGCCCCGCCCCACUCCCCAGAACCCCAGGCAGGAGGCAGCACCGGGCUCCUGAUGGACUUGGCGGCCAAUGAAAAGGCAGUUCAUGCAGACUUUUUCAAUGAUUUUGAAGAUCUCUUUGAUGACGAUGAUAUCCAGUGA